AUGGACGAAGAACAUAAACAAUCGAAAUUUUCCUCAAACAGCCCUCAAUGUCAGUACUAUGUUAUGAGAAAGAAGCGAUUGUGUAGAAUGACUGUGCGGCCAGGAAGACAGUACUGCGGUGAGCACGAACCGCAGCCGAGAACUGAAGAUGGCAAGGACGAUAAACGUAUACCUUGUCCGAAUGAUCCAAAGCAUACCUGUUAUGCCAGUAAACUUGAAAAGCAUUUAUCUAUCUGCAAUGCGCGCCAACAACAGCAACCAGAGUACAUAAUACCCAAUAUCAAUGAUGCUACAGAGCCGGAAGAGUUUCCCCGCAUACCACUCAGCAAGAUACCGCUAGAGACAAUACUAAAAGUCAUUGAUAAAGUUAAUGCUUUGUACGACAGUCAUCUGAAAGACAAGAUACUAACGUUUCCAGAGCAACCAAUCCAUACGACAGUACUAGAUGAAUUCAAUGAGCCUGGCCGAACUGAGAGUUCAUUACGACACUUGAGACAGGCUUCCCAGCUGUUGCACAUUGUGGAAAAUGAGCAGCUCUGCAAACCUAACACUUGUCACCUAUCAUACUAUGCAUGGUGGGCCUGGUGUCAAGGUACAGACAGUAAUGUACUUCUCGUAGACCGGGCGUCGCUGCGCCAUAAACGCGACAAUAAGUUGCGCGACACUCGAGAACAUGGAAACCAGAGCACUGGACUUGAUAGUGUAGAGAAAAGUUCAGAUAAAUCCUCUAACGUCCAGAGGAUCCGAGCGGACCUCGCGCAUCUGGCGCUGGAGCGUGUACCGGCCGCGAGCGCUUGUAAUGCUCUAGUUGGUCUCGCCAAACACCUCUGUGGAGUCGCUACUGACUAUGCGCUGCGCUGCAUCACGUCUCCGGGCGCGGCGGGCGCGGUGCGCGGCGCCGUGCUCGCCACCUGCUGCCACCACCGCUGCCAGCGCGCCGCCUGCCUGGCCUCGCAGCCCCUCGCGGAAGUAGGCGUGGAUGCGGAGGAGUUUAACGUUCUCCUGGGCAUCGUGUCGUGGGCGACGUGCGGGGACGGCCGCAGCCGGGAGCGGCGCGCCCGGGGCGACGGGGGCGACCGGGGCGCCGGGGCGGCAGGGGGCGACCGGGGCGCCAGGAACCUGAUCCUUAGCCAGGUGCAACGCGAGGAAAUCGGGAAACGUGCUAAGAUUCUCUUGGACUGGGGUCGAGCGUCGUAUCUGAAGGAGUGCGGGUUCGACGCCCGGCUCGUAUAUUACGUGCCCUCGACCGUAUCGUUGGAAAAUGUGUGUAUAGUAGCUAAGAAGUGCAGUUAAGUGUUAUAUGAAUUUGAAUAAUAGAAGAAGAUUUAUAUAUUUUUAAUAUUGUAUGGAGCGUUCACAAUAAAACCAAAAGAAGCAAA